CAGCCCGCUAGGGAUGGGGGGACCCUUGACCUGGCCGGUGCUGGGGGGGGGCACCCAGUGGGUUUGGGGAGGGUCCCUGAUCCUGGCUCGGUGUUGCUGGGGGGCACCCAGUGGGUACAGUGGGUGUGGGGAGAGUCUCUCGUCCAGUCUGGGGUGCUGAGGGGGGGCACCCAGUGGGUUUGGGGGGACCCUGGCCCUGGCUCGGUGCUGCUGGGGGGCACCCACGGGGGGCCGGGGGGUCGUGGCCCUGCCCAUCCCACCAACCCCCUGCCUGCAGGUGCCGCCCUGGUGCCCCCGGGGUGCCCGUACUGGCCGGGGGAGUUCGUGACGACGGCGAGCGAGAGCGAGGGCGUGGCGGGCACCGAGGGGCUGCGGGUGCAGCCGGCGGGGGGGGCGGGGGGACCCCCCCGGGGAGACCCCCUCAGGCCCAACGGGGAGGCCCUGCCCAGGGAACCCCUGCUGCUGCCCCUGCCCCACCCACACAAAGGGAUCCUGAAGAAGAAGUGCCUGCCCCCCAUCAGCGAGCGGGGGGGCAGUGCCCAGCGCCCCGGGCCCCCCCCGCCACCCCCUGCGGGCACGGCCGCCUCGUCAGGCAGUGACGGGGGUCCCCCCCCGGCCCCCCGGGCCCGGCAGAGCCUUGAGGAGCAGCUGAGCGGCCUCACCCCCAUCGCCAUGAGCAUCCGCGCGGGCACCGCUGAUGAGGACUCCUCCGGCUCUGAGUGAGUGCCAGCGUGUGCCCGGGGUGCUCCUGGGUGCCCAUUGGGAGUCCUUGGGGUGCCUGGGUUGGUUUUGGGUGUCUGUGGUGUGCCAGGGUGGUUGUUGGGUGCCCAUGGGGUGCCACGGUACCUGUCAAGUGCCAGGACUCCCAUUGGGUGCCAGGGUGUCCAAGAGGUGCCCUUUGGGAGUCCAUCAGGUGUGAGGGUGGCUGUUGGGUGCCCAUCGGGGGGGUCUUUGGCUGCCAGGGUUACCUUUGGGCACCCACUGGGUGCGAGGGUGAUUUUUGGGUGCCCAUCAGGUGCCAGGGAUCCCACUGGGUGCCCAUUGGGUGCCACGUUGCCCAAGAGGCGCCCUUUGGGUGCCAGGGUUGCCUUUGGGCACCCACUGGGUUCAAGGGU